UCUUUCUUGGCUCGCGUUGUUUUCUCGCGCCAAUCGCCAGUCGAACAUCCCAAAAGCCAGACAGAAUACUAUAUAAGCAAGAAAACAACAACCAGACCAAGCAAUGGAGAAUCAGAGGCAUAUGAGGGCGAAAUCUUCAUCAAUUUUUCUUGAAUUUUUGUUCUUCAAGUAACUGCUGAUUCGUCCUUGGAAAACAUCAUGGCACCAAAAUGGCCCUGUUACCUUGCAAACCUGUUGUUCCCCCUGGCCAUUCUGCUAUUCGCCAGCGGCUUUUUCCCCUAUAAACCUUUUAUUCCCGGUCUCGCGAUGUCUUAUGGAGAAUCGGGGGACAUUCGAUCAUCUGCGCCCUUUGACAGAGUCAUAUUCAUGGUAGUGGACGCACUAAGGAGUGAUUUCGUAUAUUCAAAUCAGUCAGGCUUUACAUUUACUCAAGGGUUGAUCAAAGAUGGAGCGGCAUUCCCAUUUACUGCCCAUGCAGGUGCCCCUACGGUCACAAUGCCGCGGGUCAAAGCUAUCACGACAGGCUCGGUGCCUUCGUUUUUAGACGUGAUUCUUAACCUUGCAGAAUCUGAUACGUCUUCAACGCUCGUCUAUCAGGAUACGUGGCUUGCCCAGUUGAGAGCUCGACCUGGUGGGCGCCUAGUCAUGUAUGGAGAUGAUACAUGGUUAAAAUUGUUCCCGGGGUUUUUUGACAGGCACGAUGGCACAACGAGUUUUUUUGUAUCGGAUUUUGUUGAAGUGGAUAAUAAUGUCACUCGUCAUGUUCCGGAGGAGCUUAUGAUGGAGGACUGGUCUGCAAUGAUCUUGCAUUACCUUGGUUUGGACCACAUUGGCCAUAAAUCAGGUCCAAAUAGCGCCCAUAUGCUCCCCAAGCAAAAGGAAAUGGACUCGGUUGUUAGGGAAAUAUAUAACGCUAUGGAGAGCCAGGAACAUCUUGCGUCUACUCUCCUCGUAUUAUGUGGUGAUCAUGGUAUGAAUGAUGCUGGGAACCAUGGCGGCGCGUCUCCAGGGGAAACUUCGCCAGCUCUCGUGUUCAUAUCCCCGAAAAUCCGACAAAUACGGAAUCAAGGUCACUCCCUUGAACCACCUUCAGGGCACUUCAAGUACUAUCAGUUAGUCGAACAGUCUGACAUCGCUCCUACUCUAGCUGGAUUGCUCGGGUUUCCUAUUCCACUCAACAGCCUAGGAGCCUUUAUACCAGGAUUUCUGCCUAUGUGGAAAAACGGAUUUGAAAGACUUAAAAUUCUUAUGGAUAAUGCUAGGCAAAUUCGUAACGUUGUUAAGACGACGUUCCCGGCCUAUGAAUUUAGCUAUUCUUUCAAAACAGAUCUAUGCACCCCUACACCAAACACGGAACUUGCUUCGCUUGAAUGCAAUUGGCAAAAGGCAUGGCAGUUGGCCAGUGCAGCCCUGGAUCAUGGUGAUCAUUCCAAGGAAGUUGAGAAUGCUCUUCUCGCCUUUUGCAGAUCUUCUCAAGACGUGAUGAGUAGUGCGGCAAGUAAUUACAAAAUGGAAAGGCUCCACAUUGGGAUUUUCCUUGCUGCCCUGGCGGUCAUACUAUCCAGUAUUGCGUCCCUUGGUGUCAUGACAGGUGCUAGAACAUUUGGUCUUUUCAUUUCCAUAGGCUACGGCAUCAUGAUGUUCGGAAGCAGCUAUGUGGAAGAGGAGCAACAAUUUUGGUACUGGAUUCUCAGCGGUUGGACAUUCUAUCUCUACGCAAGGCCUUACAUUCAAAGAAGGGGAAAAGACAGCGAUGGCGAUGGUGGGAAAGCAUCGCCUAAAUCUGUUCAGAUUUGGGCUUGUUUAAUCUUUGCUAUUUCAUCGCGAAUUAUGCGACGAUGGAAUCAAACGGGUCAGAAAUUUGCUGCAGAACCUGAUAUAGCAAGAACGUUCUUCCCGAACCAUACGAAUAUUCUUUGGAUACUGAUUCUCCUAACAUACACUGAUAUCUGCCAAAAAAUGUUGCGACGCACAACUUCAGCCGGAGCCGCAUCAUUCUCGCGACUUUUCUUCCCUAUCUUAGCUAGCUUUGCAUUUUUGUUUAAGCUCACCUUUACUUCUGCCGAUUCCCCAGAACUCCUCCAAGAGACCUUAAUAUUCAACCAGCUGAUAGAAAGCGUCUCUGGGGUUUCCGUUAUUACCCAGGCCAGGAUCGUGCUCACCGGCAUUGCCAUAGCCCUGGCGUACGUGAUAUAUACAGAAAUCCAACGGAAACGAGCGCUCAAAGCAUUCCUCCUCAAAAUCCGCAACCAGCAUGAUGCCCGCCUCCCAAAAAUGCUGAAUAUCACUCUCACAAGCGUCAGGGUCUCAGGAGAUCUCCACGACAUUGUGAGCCUUUUCCUCGUCACUCAAUCAAGAUCAACUAAUAUCCCACUGUACCUCAUUCUCCGCCUUCAGCAUUGGGCCCUCUCCUCCAUGAAGCUGUCUGGUGAUGAAAUAACUAUCACCUCACUAAUACUGCAAUACGCAACAUUUUUCGCUAUGGGCGGCUCCAACUCAAUCGCCUCUGUCGACCUCUCAAAUGCCUACAAUGGCAUCGGUGAUUAUAACGUCGUCCUCGUCGGUAUCCUGACAUUUAUAGGCAACUGGGCCGGCCCUAUUUGGUGGGUUUUCUCGACAAACUCGCUGUUCAUCGGCGAUGACGGAUGCACUUCGGCUGUCAAUCGCCGCCGUCAUGGUAAUCAUUUGGCACUGCUUACCUUCUUCGUCACGAUGAGCCUGUUGGCGGUAAUGAUGGCCUGCACCGUGCUGCGGACUCAUCUCUUCAUAUGGACGGUUUUCUCCCCAAAGUUUUUGUAUAUCAUGGCUUGGAGUUUAGUACAGCAUCUGGCUGUCAAUCUUCUCCUUGGACAUGUCAUAUUCGUGUCGAUUUGUUAGAUAAAAAUUUUAUCAGCCAUGUAUAGAGAAUACAUGCAUGUAGAGAUUAUAGAUAGUUUUGGAAAUACAAAUAUCUUACUGGUAUCAUACAGAAUAGAAAGCAAAAUAAAAUAAAAUAAUCACAAAACGCCAUUGUCC